AUGCCGCGGGUGUGGAAGCCCGCGGCGGACGAUCAGCACAUCUUCGACGCCCUGCCAAUGCCGGAGGGGGACGUCUUCCUCAGCGACGACGAGCUCCUCAUGGAGAUGGACGGCGUGGCGACGCGCGCCGCGCUCAACGCGGCGCUCGGUCCCACCGCGAGGACAAGGGUGACCUUUGAUGCCGAGGGUCGGUACUGGCGGAAGUCGUACGAAAUUGAUAAGGAGCCGCGGUGCAUCUACUUCUUGCCAGCCGUGCAGAACCGCGCGCGCGCGCUCGAGGAGUACCCCGAUGGCGUCGAGCCGCCGUUCCCGCGACCAGAGGAGAAGUUCCAGUGCAAGAGGAAGCAGCCGCCCCGAGCGCCGCGCAAGCCGUCGAAGACGACGGCGCGGUCCGGCGAGAAGCGCCCGACGUCCGCGCGGCCUAGGAUGUACACGACGCCCGGCGAGAAGGUCACGCGCGUGGAUCCGGUUGAUGAUGCUGAGCUGCUCGUGCCGGACGAAGACGUGGUCGACCUCGACGAAGUCGCGCCAGUACCACGGCCCGUGACACGACGAGAUUUAAUGGCCCUAGAGCAGCGCGCCGAAGACGCGCUCGCGGCGUGCGACCGCGCGGAAGCCGCGCGCGCCGCGGCCGUCGCGGCCCACGCGGAGCUACGCGACAGACAGGACGCAGUCUUCGCGAGGAGCGCCACCGACUCGGCAAGCAAGCGGCGCUCUCUCUGGACCGCGAGGCGAACGCGCUCUCCGCGGAGAGAGCGGCACGACGGCGCGACGUUGAUCGCCUUAGAGCCAAAUUUUCACAAGAGGCAUGGAAAAUGGACCAGUGAGCGACGCGCGGCGGCGCGGCUAGACGAGGAGCGGCGGCGAUUGGAGGAGGGGUUCCGGACAAACACGCGCGAGUUGCAGCGGCAACUCGACGCGCAGAGAACUGAAGUCGCCGAUUUGAAAAAGAAACAAAGCCAGCUCAACCUCGAGCUUUAUGGCCUUCGACGGCUUCGAGGCGCCUGGCUGGGUUCUCGUGUUGCGUAUUUACCGGAGGAGCCGCCGCCGGAUUCGGACUUCGAAGGCGAGUCGUUGUGGCCCGUGGUCCACGCCGUCGGCGACUUUCUCAGUAGAAUUUGUGGUGGUACGCUCAAAAGAAAGCAACAGAAGUGUCUGCGUCUCCUAGCCGACUACGCGUGGUGUCAACACUCUCGCGGGCGGGGGGAGAUUGGCCUCGUGCGAGCUCACUUUGCGUGCGCGGAGUACCGGCGCCUCCAGGAGAUUUUCUCUCCAGCCGAACUACUGAAGACCAUGGACGUGGAGAUGACGGGGAACUACGCUGCGAGCGAGGCCAUGCGGGCCAGAGAGCGGGCGGCUCUCGUUGCGCUCGGGGAGACGUUGGGCAAGCGCUGA